GACUUUGGGAGAGCCGCCCCCGGCCUCGCAGCCCUCCGCAAUGUCACGCUCCUUCUACGUCGACUCCUUAAUCAUCAAAGACUCCUCGAGGCCGGCUCCGUCCCUUCCUGAGCAUCAUCACGGCCAGGACUUCUUCAUCCCUCUCAGCAUGCCUUCCCCCCUCGUCAUGUCGGUGUCGGGUCCGGGCUGCCCGUCCCGAAAGAGCGGCGCCUUCUGCGUCUGCCCGCUCUGUGUCACCUCGCACCUGCACUCGUCCCGCGGCGGCGGCGCUGGCGGGGCCAUCCCCCUGCUCAAGAGCCAGUUCCCCACGGCCGCAGGCGAGGCCCAGUGCUGCCCGCGGAGCAGCCACGCUCACCACCCGCCGCAGCACCCGCCGCCCGCCGCCUCGGUGCCCGCCGCCGCCGCCGCCCUGGGACACCCUGCGCAUCACCCACCUGCCUGCGCCGCCACCACCUACAGCGUCAGCGACCCCCGGAGGUUUCACUGCCUCGGCAUGGGAGGGUCCGAAUCCAGUCAAAUUCAAAAUGGGAAACGGAUGAGGACUGCUUUUACUAGCACCCAGCUUUUGGAGCUGGAGAGGGAGUUCUCCUCCAACAUGUACCUGUCCCGGCUGCGGAGGAUCGAGAUAGCGACGUACCUGAACCUGUCUGAGAAGCAAGUGAAAAUCUGGUUCCAAAACAGGAGGGUGAAGCACAAGAAAGAAGGCAAAGGCACCCAGCGAAACUCGCACGGGGGUUGCAAGUGCAGCACCAGCCAGGGGCAUUACCCCCGGUCAGAGGAUGAAGAGUCUCUAUCCCCCUCAUCGGCUACCGAGGAUAAAGAGAUCUCCCCGUUAUGAGAUCCUCCUGCCGCCGGGUCCCAGCCCGGAGCGAGGUGCCGGCACGGCGACUCACCUGGCAGCGCUCCCCACGGACGGCAGCCCGCUAACCUGCAGCGGGCUGGCCCUCGCCGCCGCGGACGUUUAAUUCUCAUCCAUUCGCAGUAAUAGAAAUAGAAGUAUAUCUAUAUAUUUUUUUUCGGACUGCAAAUGUUUUAGUCGUGGGAGGUCAACCUAAACGUUAUGUAACCCCAGGAGAGGGCACCUGCUCUUUCUAAAAUGUAACAUGGGACAAGGCUCGCAUAGCCCAGGGUGUCUUCCUCUGUAUCCCCACAGGCAAUUUAAAGGAAGAAAAGAAACGCGUUUGAAACCGAAAGGCGAGACACCAAAAAAAAAAAAAGAAAACAAAAAACAAACCUGAAAAACAAAUGAAAACCUGUAGAGAGCCUACUGGAUGGACUUCUUAACAAAAAUAAGAAAAGACAUAACGA